ACUAUAUCAGUGUGAAGGUCUCUUUGUAAGCAGAGGCUGGAUGGCCAUCUAUUGAGAGUGUUUUGGUUGUGUCUUCUUUGAUAGCAGAAGGUUGGACUGCAUGGCUGUUGGAGGAGUCUCUUCCAUUGCUAGCGUUCUAUGACGGAAUCUGAGUCCUCCUCUAGAAGGCCUUUUGUUCCGACCCAAGAGGCCCGUUUGCCUGUCCAUCUCCAAGACGGUGCCCAAGACAAGCCCCGAGGAUGAAUGAAACUCCAUCUGGAGCGCAUAAAUGUGGAGACAACUGGUGCCGAGAGGGGCCUAUUUCGCGCCGCCUCCCUCCGCCCAGCUGCCGUCCCCUCAUCCGUCCCCACGUCCAGCCUGGAGACCAUGGCUGAUUGACACCUGGUUAGACUGGACUCAGCUGUCUCUGAUAUUUGACACACACAAAUGCCCACAGACACACACACACACAGAGAGAAAGACACGCUCCUCUCUAGGCUGCAGCCCUGGGAAAGGGGCACAAGUAUGCGAGAGAAGGAGCCGGGAGAAGAAGGAAAGGAAACUCGGGUCUUCCCAAGCCUCGAAGAAGCCUCAGAUGUCCCUUGGAGAGCAGGAUGGCCAAGUUGGCUCUACGAAGAGACGUCAUCACUGGGAAGAGCUUGACCCAUUGACCCGAUAGCCUGUGCUGUCUGGAGUAUCCCAAGUUUCGGACCAUUUUAGUAUCAUAAAAUCAUAGGAUUUGGAAGAGACCCAUCCGACGUGUCGUUCUCCCGCCUUGGGCCCAAAACAGAGACAUAAUUCACAAUUCACAUCCAACUGGCCCAAAGAGAAGAGCACUGUUUGCAGCUACAGGACUUGAGAGCAAGCAGAUCCGUCUCCAAACCUCGGGAAUAUGUCGGCUUUGCUGCAAACCACGGAUGGGAACGCCGAGGGGAUGCCGUCCAGGACGCGGACCGGGACGCCUAGUACGGAGAGCGGAGGAGAGAAGUGCAAGUCCUCCGACUCCAGCGGCGAAGAGGAACCAGACCGGGGUAAAAAGAAGCCGCGGAGGCAGCGGACCCACUUCACCAGCCAACAGCUGCAAGAGCUGGAGGCCACAUUCCAGCGGAACCGCUACCCGGACAUGAGCACCAGGGAGGAGAUCGCGGGAUGGACCAACCUCACCGAGCCCAGGAUCCGGGUUUGGUUCAAGAACCGGAGGGCCAAGUGGCGCAAAAAGGAGCGCCACCAGCAGCAGUCGGAGCUCUGCAAAGGGGGCUUCGGCCCGCAGCUCAACGGCUUCUCGGGCAACCCGUACGAGGACCUCUACCCAAGCUACGCCUACGGUGCCUGGGGCCCCAAGACUCUCCACGCCAGCCCCAUCCACGGCAAGGGCUUCCAGCUCUUCAACUCCAUGGGCCUCAAUGCCGCCUUUCCACCCCAGAGCGUCUUCCCUACCACCGGAGGCCCCUCCGCACCCGGCGUCCCAGCAUCACUGGAGAACUUCAACAGCCUGGUCAGCCCGGCGGGGCUUUCUGGACCCACAUACGGAGCCGGUGCCCCUUCACCCUACAUGUACAGGGACCCCUGUGGUGCCAGCCUGGGCGGCUUAAGACUCAGGGCCAAGCAGCCCCAGGCACCCCUCGACUACGUCGCACCACUCAACCCAUCCAGCAGCCCCAACUCUAGCCAGUAUAAUCCGGACAGGCCAGUGUGACGCUGGGACCCAAAAGGAGCCUGCCUGGAUGGCUAACAGACUGUUGGAACCAGCAUCCAGAAAAUGCUCUCGUUUUAUACUCUUAACUAGCUUGGGUACCCGCCGUUGCCUGGGUUAUUAGAAGAAGUCAUUUUUUAUUUUACAAAAUGCAUAAGGUUGUGGGUGAACUACAACUCACAUCAUGCCAGGUUAACCCCCUGAAACUCUAUCAAUACUUAAAGUUUGUCAUGCUGGGCAAAAUGUGCUCUAGAUGCAUCAUCGGUGGGGUUCAGUCUGCUCUUCAGCUGCAGGAUGAACUACAACUCCCACCGUGAUGGGUCAAUCCUGUCAAAUCCUUCCAGUAUGUUUAGUUGGUCAUGGGGGUUCUGUCUGCCAAGUUAGGUCCAGGUCUAUCAUCGGUAGGGUGCGGAGUGCUCUUUGAUUGCUGGUGAACUAUAAAUUCCAGUACCUACAAUUAACAAAUCUCAAGGCCAAUUCCACCACAAAUCCACCAGUAUUCAAAUUUAAGCAUAUUGGGUAUGGGUGCCAAAUUUGGUGCAGAUCAAUUGUUGUUUGCAUUCACAGUGCUCUCUGGAUGUAGGUGAACUAUAAAUCCUCUAAAUCAAGGCGAAUUUCCAUUGUCAGUGGGGGUCACACGUGAAUGUUAGGAAGACUUCCCUGGCCGUAAGAAGAGCUGUUCAGCAGAGGAACUCUCUGCCUCGGAGUCCAGUGGAAGCUCCUUCCUUGGAGGCUUUUAAAUAGAGGCUGGAUGUCCAUCUGUCAGGGGUACUUUGAUUGUGUUUUUGCUGUAUUGUAGAGGGUUGGACUAGAUGGCCCAUGUGGUGUCUUCCAACUCUACGAUUCUUUGAUUCUUCCUCCUCGCAGCCCUAGCCUUAUGUUCUUGUGUUGCAUUAUCAGCCCUAGCUAUAUGUUCUUGUACUGCAACAUAAGCACUACCCAUAUGUUCUUGUACUUCACCUCCCAUCAGCCCCAGCUAUAUGUACUGCACCAUCAGCCUUAGCCUUAUGCAUCUCCCAUUGGCCCCAAUGAUUUAUUUUUCCACUGCACCAUUAGACUAAGUUAUAUCUUCUUGUACUGCACCGCCUAUCAGCCCUAGCCAUAUCUUGUACUGCAUCCUCAGCUCUAAAGAUAUGUUCUUGUACUACACCUCCCAACAGCCCCAGUCAGUGUAACCUGUCUUGCUGGGUGUGGACAUUCAUUGUGACCAAAAGAAGAAUCCCAGAGGAGAAGGAAGACAAUAGGAAGAGAUGAAGGGAACCGUGAGGAGCAAAGCUGGCACAAACCACAUGGAUGUUGGUGAUGUUUGGUGACCUGAUUCAUCUUAUGGAAGCUUGGGCCUAGGACAAUUGCAUUUUAUGGAAACUUAGUUUGGGAAGGUCCAAGCUCUCCAUGGACACCGGUGUUGGGAAGGUCUAAGCCCUCUCCUCUAAUGCAUCUCAUGGAAGCCUACUGAGCAACCAUGGAGACCUUUGCCAUCAGUGAUGGUUGUUCUGUGUUCUCGUGGUGCAAAUUUCAUUCCUUCCUGCCUUCCUUAUCUUUUUUUAUGUGCUCCACUGCCAUGUAGUCUUCAAGGCACCACAUUCUGGGGCACCAAUGGAGAGAAAAAUAAACAUGGUGGAUUACCAAAAGUGGAAAACUAUUGUUGUUCUAUACCUUGCCUGCAGACUUCAGUUCCCUAUGCAGCACUCUUGGGCAGAGAAGGCUCAAGACCUUGUGAAACUAGAACUUCCAAAGGAUUCCUUGGCAGUUAAAGUGGUAUCAAGCUCCAUUUAUUCGGCAGUGUAGAUGCAUCCUUUGAAGACGUGUGGUCUUGCUGCAAAAUAGUCUGAAAACCUGGAUAGCUUCCUGUAGUUCAGGAGUGAGAAUCGUAUGGCUCUCUCAAUAUUAUUGGAUGCAAAAUCUAAUGUCUCUAGUCCAUUUAGCCCAUGGAAAGACGAAGAUAGAAGUUGUAGUCCAACCACAUAUAGAGAGCCAGAGAUAGUGCUGAUGGAAGUAGAGCAGCUUUCCUCAAUUAUUUUAUGAUUUAUUUACCUUAUUUCUACCCUGCCUUUCUCUACCCCGAAGGGGACUCAAGGCUGCUUACAUAUGGCAACCAUUAGACGCUUUGAAAACAUACAAACAAUGACUUAAAAAAAAUUAAAAUUAAUACAUAUUAAACAAUUAAAGCAUUUAAAAACAGUUACAUUCAGUAUUAGAAUAACAUCAUCCAAAAAUAAUAGUCCGAGGCCGUUCCGCCGUCAAAUUUUACGUAAUUCCAGGUCUACUAAUUGCUGAAAGCCUGAUCCCAGAGCCACGUUUUUACUUUCAAUCUGGAGUAAAUAGCUAUAGUUGACUACAGCUUCCAUUAUCCUCAGCCAGUUAUCGUCUCUUUUAUUUGUCUCCAAAACCUCAGGUGAAGCUAAGCCAGUGUCAACCCAAGAGAAACCUCUUGGAAGAAACAACAACUUUGAGGAUUAUGUUCCAAAUAUUUGGAAAACACCGUGCCAGUUCCAGAUGGCCCCAUAACCAAUGUUAGGUAUGGGGCUUUCUCGGUAAGGUGGCCUCCUUUCUGGUUCCCAGAAUCUCUUCAGGACAUUUUCUCAGGGACGUAUCUUGGUCCUCCUUGACAUCGGGUUGCCCUUGAAGACCACCUGCCUUACCCAGUUGGAAUUGCUGGGAAGUGCCGUCGGUAUAUUUAGAACAAAUAAAAGGAGAUACUCCA